GUGCACGGAAACUGUUCCGGGACGGAACUCGCGGAUAUGUGGUUCGAAUUUAUUGUGAUGCUAUAUUUGCUGGGCUCCUUAAGACCCUCGAUAUCGGCAUUCCAAAACUGUGCACCUGAAAAGCAAUGUGUGCCGUACGAACAGUGCAACGAGGGUCUAACGGUGGACGGAAAAUUCUACCCGGAUCGCAGUCGGACGACUUUGGAUGAGAACUGCCACUAUAUGGAAAAGUGCUGUAAUACCCAAGAUAUACUCUCGACACCCGGACUCCCUCAGGAGGCGGCCAACUGUCCAUGUGGGGGUCGCCAUGAUCUCUGGUACUAUCUCAGACCACUGGGCUACAAGCAGCAGGAGGCCAAGUUCGGGGAGUUUCCCUGGCUGGUGGCGGUCUACGGGGCGGAUGCGUACCUCUGCAGUGGGGCACUCAUCACUCCGCUGGCCGUGAUAACCACAGCCCACUGUGUCCAGAAUGUCCAGGAAGCCGGAAAGCUUCGCGUGGUGGCCGGGGAAUGGGAUGCUGCCGUGGAGCUGGAACCCCAGCCACACCAGGCGAGAUCGGUGGUUGAGUCCUUGGUGCAUCCCAACUACACGCAAAUGCCAAUGGCCAACAACAUGGCGAUCCUGCUGGUGGACAAGGAUAAACCCUUUCAGUUGGCCCCCAAUGUGCAGCCCAUCUGCCUGCCGCCCCCGCAAAUGGCCUACAAUUAUAGUCAGUGCUAUGUGUCCGGUUGGCAGAGAGGCGACUUCGGGGGAACAGCGAUCCUGCCCAAGCGAUGGACCCUCUAUGUCCUGCCCCCCGAUCAGUGCAGGACCAAGUUGCGAUUGUCAUUUUUGGGGCGACGCCACGCCCACAACGAUAGCCUGCUGUGCGCCGGCGGCGACAAGGGUGACUUUGUCUGCGGCGACGUGGACAUGACCGGAGUGCCCCUGAUGUGUCCCCUCUCCGGCCACGACGACCGGUUCCACUUGGCCGGCCUCUUGACCAGGACAGCCCGCUGCGAUGGCCCGCAGUUCCUCGGUAUUUACACGAACGUCAAGUUGUACCGGCAGUGGAUCGAUCUGAAGCUGAGGGAACGCGAUCUCGAUAUAAGGCAGUACAUGGUGUAAACCAAUUCCCGAAAAUAAACAG